AGUGAGUCAGUGAGCCAGUGAGCGUGUGAGCGAGUCCCGGGCCGCACCAUGUCCUGCUACAUCUACCAGCUGCCGUCGUGGGUCCUGGACGACCUGUGCCGCAACAUGGACACGCUCAGCGAGUGGGACUGGAUGCAGUUCGCCUCCUAUGUGAUCACGGACCUGACGCAGCUGCGGAGGAUCAAGUCCCUGGAGCGGGUACAGGGCGUGAGCAUCACGCGUGAGCUGCUGUGGUGGUGGGGCAUGCGGCAGGCCACGGUGCAAGAGCUGCUGGACCUGCUGCAUCGCCUCCAGCUCUACCGUGCAGCCCAGAUCAUCAGCAGCUGGAAACCGGCUGCUCCUGAAGUCCCCCCUUCCCUGCCCGACUCUGAACCCCCACAUUUUGGGAUGCCAAGAAGACCUGUGGCCGCUUUUGUCCCAGACACUGAGGAUGGACAAGGACUAGGACAGCCCAGGAGGACAGCUGUCAGCCAGGAUCCAGGGCCCUUGCCUCCCGCAGCCAGCCUACCUGCUUCUGCAGAAUGCCCCCUGUCUUUAAGGGCCCCCACAUCGGAUUCAAAGCCUUGCAGCACUUCCAUACCUCAACAGGAAGUGCUCUGGGACCAGCCUGUGGAUGGUCUCUUCUGGGAAGAGGUGGACGUGGUUCAGGCGACAGACAGCUUCAGCCCUCACCACAGGUUGUGCCAUGGCACCUUUGCUGACGUCUACCGAGGCCAGAGGCACGGGGAAGCACUGAUUUUCAAGAAAUUGAGGGAGGUGCCCUGCUCAGGUCCUGGUGCUGUGGCAAGAUUCUUCGAAGCAGAGCUGCAGGUGCGUCGCAGGUGCUGCCACCCCAAUAUCCUUCCGCUGCUGGGCUUCUGCCCAGGGAAGCACUUCUAUAGCUUCAUCUACCCCUUCAUGGCAAACGGUUCUCUCCAGGACAGGCUGCAGUGUCAGGGCGGCUCAGACCCCCUGUCCUGGCCCCAGCGCACCCGUAUCUGCACAGGCCUGUUCCGAGCCGUAGCCUAUCUCCACAGCCUGGAGAUCAUCCACAGCAAUAUCAGGAGCUCCAACGUCCUGCUCGAUGGAGCCCUGACACCUAAGUUGGCACACCCGACAUCACAGCUGUGUCCCGUCCACAAGAAGUCCAGCUACACCCUGGUGAAGACCCGCCUUUUCCAGGCCUCGGCCGCCUACCUGCCUGAGGACUCCAUCCGGGUGGGACUGCCCACCAAACGCGUGGACAUCUUCAGCUGUGGCAUCGUGCUGGCCGAGAUCCUCACUGGCAUGCCGGCGAUGGAUGACACCCGGAGCCCCGUGUUUCUGAAAGACUUGCUCCUAAGUGACAUUCCCAGCAGCAGCAGCGCUUCUCAGUGCUCCCGGAAGUUGGAUGCAGAGAAGGCUCUGGCCCAGGAUAUAUGUCUGCAGCACUUGGAUGGCAAGGCUGGUCGGUUGCCCCAGGACUGUGCGCUGGCCCUGGCGUUGGCUGCCUGCCUCUGCGUGCGGAGGAAGAAGCCCAGCUUGACAGAGGCGUGUGACGCUGUAGUGGCUGUGGAAGAGCAGCUCCAAGGGCUGGAGGCAUCUGCCCCAUGGUCUGGGCUCUCUCAGGGUACCAGCACUACCUCCAACACCCCAGAGGAAACAGAUGAUGUGGAAGUGUCCUGCGUGGAUGCUGCCUCCACCUGGCCAGUCCCCUCGGCCAGGGCACCCCCCACAGAAGGGAGGCUGCAGGCCUCUGGGGUAGCAGAGGCAGACUCCUCCUCUGAAGCAACUUCAUGGAAAAUCGAGAUCAAUGCAGCCAAACGGAAGCUGAUGGAGGACUUUCUGCUAUACAAGGAGGGGCAGUUGGACAGCGGAGAGCUGUUUGGUUCUUGAGGACAGACACUGCAGAGUACCCCACUCCUCUAGGGGCCAGAACAGUGGCCAUUGCAGGA